AAAAGAGAGAGCGAGCCGCCGAGGGCUAAACGAUGGCAAUUCAAUAACAGGAAACUAACCUGAACCCACCUGCCUGCUUUCAAACCGCAGCUCGUCCGGGAAUACGGAGAGGAUACCGGCGGUGCGUCGCGCUGACAAACGACUGUUCAUUUUUCCAGCUGAAGACAAAGAGGUUAUAAUGGACUGCACCAAGGACCAAGCAGGGGGGGAAACCAGCCAUGCCUUCCCCUACCGUCUCUACAGCACCCCCAAGAAGGGCAGACCAUACGAGGAGGUCCCCCCCUACCCCCUCCCGGCCGGCUCCCUCAUCUCCCGGCUCCUCAAAACCACCGGCAGUACCCCUCUCCCCCAGGAGAGCGGCGCCGCUGAGCCCUACCAGGACUCUGAAGGAGAGGCUUCCCCGGGCGACAGCCCCCCCUCCAGCCCCCCAGGCAAGAGGAGACCUCUAGACAUGGAGGACCUCUACCAGGAGUACAUGAGGGCGAAACGGGCCAGAGUGGAGAGUAUCAUCAGGAGCAUGGGCUCCUCCCCAGCUCAGGAGCUCUACGCUGGGGGGAACGGUGCCCGUCUGAGCGGACCGGGCUGGCCGGACCGAGCCGAGCCCGUCCGGGAACCUCCCAGACCGAAGAUCAAGAAGGAAGAAAGAAACCAGGAGAGACAGGAACUGAAGAGCCAGCUGGACAGCAUGAGAGAGCAGCUCCUUCAGCUUCAAGAGAAAGUCUAUCACAUGUACAGCGGGGCUGUGGAGGAAGAGGAAGAGGAAGAGGAGGAGGAGGAGGAGGAGGAGGAUGAAGCCGAAGAUUUAGCAGCAGGGCCCCAAAGGGGCUCUCCCUUAUCGUCCCAAGCCGUCUCCUUCGAAGGCCCCAGAUUGAAGGACCUGUUGGCAGACGUAGGGAAAAGCCAGCCCUGGGCCAACCUGGAGGGGCAGAAGCUGGCCGACGCCUUGAAGGAAGAGCUGGGAGCGGCCGUAGCCCAAGUUAUAGAUGGUGUGGUGAGGAUGUUCGCCCCUCCAGGCCAGGACCCCGGAGACGCGCUGGAGCCCCUGACCCCCGCUUUCCAGCCGCCCCCACCCCAAAACCACCACCACCACCCCCACCACCACCUCCUCCUCCAACAAAACGAACACCCAAACCAGGGACCCUUCUUUGAAAACGAAGCCGGAGGCAGAGACUUCAUGGCGGACCAAGUCGAGGCUUUGCCCCUGGUGGUUCGGAAGUCCCUGGAUCACCAAGGAAGCAGCCCCCUCCCAAGGGUCAAAGAAUCGGCGCUUGGGUCCGCCUUCCAGCCCCCUAUCCCCAUGCCGCUGGUCCACUACACCAUGCAGAGGAUGUUCGCGUCGGCAGCCGCGGCCCGCGGGGUACCUCCUUGCAAGGACCGCCUGUCCCCCGAUGCCUAUCUGGAGAUGACCAGCCUGAGUACCCAGCUCUCCUCUCAUCACCAUCACCACCCUCCCCAGCACCCCUACCCAUCCCUGCACCUCCUGGGCACUCUGGAGGGCAUGUCUUCGGCGAUGCACCCCAAGAUGAAGCCCGACACGAGUGGGUACCAGGAUCCGGGCGACCCGUCUCUCUACCUUACGCAGUCAGCAUCCCACGACGGUCUGUCUCCCAGCCACCUGAAGAAAGCCAAGUUAAUGUUCUUCUACUCGCGCUACCCCAGCUCCAACACCCUGAAGAUCUUCUUCCCAGACGUAAAGUUCAAUCGCUGCAUCACCUCCCAGCUCAUCAAGUGGUUUAGUAAUUUCCGCGAGUUCUUCUACAUCCAGAUGGAGAAGUUCGCUCGCCAGGCGUUCGGAGAGGGAGUGUCCAGCCACGAGAAGCUGAGCAUGAGCCGAGACUCGGAGCUCUUCCGUGUGCUCAACCUGCACUACAACAAAUCCAACGACUUUGAGGUCCCAGACAGAUUCCUCGAGGUGUCCCAGAUCACGCUCCGGGAAUUCUUCACCGCCAUCCACAGCGGCAAAGACAGCGACCCCUCCUGGAAAAAGGCGAUUUACAAAGUGAUCUGCAAGCUAGACAGCGAGGUCCCGGAACUCUUCAAAUCACCAGGCUGCCUGCAAGAACUCAUUCGAGAGUGACCCCCUAAUCUCUGAACAGGGGUGUGGGGUGGGGGGGGGGUCCGUAUUGUGCAGCCGUACUGCAUCUCUGUCAAUGGGAACAACCUGCACUACACCAUACCCUUUCUAUAGGAAUGCGUUUAAAAAAAUAAUUUUAAUAAGAUUCAGGGCUUUCUACAUAGUGUAGGUCCCACCAUGGAUGUUCCUGGAGGAGAGAAUAUUAACGAGGGUAUGAAUGAUUUGAAAUUGCCACAGCACUAUGAAUAUUUUUGACUUACAAAACGGAAAGUAAAUAAAUAAAUAAAUUCUGACUGGAAAUAUUCUUUUGAUUUUUUUUUUCUCGUUUUAUUUAUUAUUGUCAUUAUUGUUAAUAAUAUUUGUAUUAAUUCAGGGGAUAUGAAAUGGAUUAUAAUAUUAUAUAUUUACAGUAUAUAUUAAAUGUUUUUUCUUGGUGACACUUUCCAUUGUGUCUCUAAUUACUGUGUAUUUAGUAGCUAAAUAAAUGCAUGUGUACUUCCACAUAAUUACAAUGUUAGUAUACAAGGUGUACACAUUUUUUUGCAAGCUAUAACCCUAACAUUAACCCAAUCCCUAACUCGAACCCUUUGCUGAUACAAUUCUGUACUCGCAUAUAUCCUGCAAAAACAUAUUUCCACGUGCAGAAUAACAUUAUAAUGAUGUGUAAGCGCGCACGCAUUGACUAAGUAACUACAAUGUAAAUACACGGUCUAUAGAGGCACAAUGGAAAGUUCUGUGAUAGAUAUGCAUUUGUGAAAACA